AUGACCCUUUUGCUGGCAGGCCGUAAGGAAAUGACGCAAACCGGUUACCCCUGGGAAACCCAGAAACAAGUUAUAGCAACGAUUUCAAAUCAUGCAGACCGGCCCAUGUAUGAUCGCUUCCUUCGCCAAUGCUCUGGGCCUCACUCGAUGGCAACGUCUCAAACGACCCCAAUUGUAUACCCUAACCCAGUUCACCCUCUUCCUUCUGGCACAGCAAUAGCACACGAAGCCACCAGGGCUCCAUUAAAUUUGCAAUAUUCACUCGGUCAGCCGAUAUCCUAUCCACUUGACUUUUCGGAUCCGGCGAUAGCUGAAACAGCGCAAUCUCAUUGCCAAGUCAACUCUGGAAUCUGGCCCAUAGACGCCAUGCUAGCUCAACUCCCGAUCGACUAUUUUGGGCCAUAUGCAUCG